AUGCAGAUGCCUGAAGAAAUGCACCAAGAGGAGGAGGCUGAGACCUUUGCCUUCCAGGCAGAGAUCGCUCAGCUGAUGUCCCUGAUCAUCAACACCUUUUAUUCCAACAAAGAGAUCUUCCUUAGGGAGCUGAUCUCCAAUGCUUCUGAUGCUCUGGAUAAAAUCCGCUAUGAAAGCUUGACUGAGCCCUCCAAGCUGGACAGCGGCAAGGAUCUGAAAAUCGACAUCAUCCCUAACAAGGCUGACCGCACCUUAACUAUUGUUGACACUGGAAUUGGCAUGACCAAGGCUGACCUGAUCAACAACUUGGGUACCAUUGCAAAGUCUGGCACAAAGGCUUUCAUGGAGGCCCUUCAGGCUGGAGCUGACAUCUCCAUGAUCGGCCAGUUCGGUGUGGGUUUUUACUCCGCCUACCUUGUCGCUGAGAAGGUGGUUGUUGUCACCAAGCACAACGAUGAUGAGCAGUAUGCCUGGGAGUCCUCUGCUGGGGGUUCCUUCACAGUCAGGGUUGACAGCGGCGAGCCCAUUGGCCGUGGAACAAAGAUCAUCCUGCACCUUAAAGAAGACCAAACAGAGUACAUUGAGGAGAAGAGGGUCAAAGAGAUCGUGAAGAAGCAUUCUCAGUUCAUUGGCUACCCCAUCACCCUGUUUGUGGAGAAAGAGCGUGACAAGGAGAUCAGCGAUGAUGAGGCAGAGGAGGAGAAAGAAGAGAAAGAGACCAAGGAGGAAGGUGAGGACAAGCCAAAGAUUGAGGAUGUGGGCUCAGAUGACGAAGAGGACGCUAAAGACAAGGGCAAGAAGAAGAAGAAGAUCAAGGAGAAGUACAUCGACCAGGAAGAGCUGAACAAGACCAAGCCCAUCUGGACCAGAAACCCCGAUGACAUCACAAGCGAAGAGUACGGCGAGUUCUACAAGAGUCUCACCAACGACUGGGAGGAUCACCUCGCCGUGAAGCACUUCUCAGUGGAAGGUCAGCUGGAAUUCAGAGCUCUGCUCUUUGUUCCCCGCCGUGCACCUUUUGACCUCUUCGAGAACAAGAAAAAGAAGAACAACAUCAAGCUGUACGUCAGGAGAGUCUUCAUCAUGGACAACUGUGAAGAGCUCAUCCCAGAGUACCUAAACUUCAUCCGUGGAGUGGUGGACUCUGAAGACCUGCCCCUCAACAUUUCAAGAGAAAUGCUGCAACAGAGCAAGAUCUUGAAAGUCAUCCGCAAAAACAUCGUCAAGAAGUGCCUGGAGUUGUUCGCAGAGCUGGCUGAAGACAAAGAAAACUACAAGAAAUUCUACGAAGGUUUCUCUAAGAACAUCAAGCUCGGCAUCCAUGAGGACUCUCAGAACCGUAAGAAGCUGUCGGAGCUGCUGCGCUACCACAGCUCCCAGUCUGGAGAUGAAAUGACCUCCCUCACAGAGUACCUUUCUCGCAUGAAGGAGAACCAGAAAUCCAUCUACUACAUCACUGGUGAAAGCAAGGACCAGGUCGCCAACUCUGCUUUCGUGGAGCGCGUCCGCAAGCGUGGCUUCGAGGUCCUGUACAUGACGGAGCCCAUCGACGAGUACUGCGUCCAGCAGCUGAAGGAGUUCGACGGCAAGAACCUGGUUUCUGUCACCAAAGAGGGCCUGGAGCUGCCAGAGGAUGAGGAGGAAAAGAAGAAGAUGGAGGAAGACAAGGCCAAGUUCGAGAACCUCUGCAAGCUCAUGAAAGAGAUUCUGGACAAGAAAGUAGAGAAGGUGACCGUUUCCAACAGACUGGUAUCGUCCCCCUGCUGCAUCGUGACGAGCACUUACGGCUGGACGGCGAACAUGGAGAGGAUCAUGAAGGCCCAGGCACUCAGGGACAACUCCACCAUGGGUUACAUGAUGGCCAAGAAGCAUUUAGAGAUCAACCCCGACCACCCCAUCAUGGAGACCCUCCGGCAGAAGGCCGAAACCGACAAAAAUGACAAAGCAGUGAAGGACCUCGUCAUCCUGCUGUUCGAAACGGCGCUGCUGUCCUCCGGCUUCUCCUUGGACGACCCACAGACCCACUCCAACCGCAUCUACAGAAUGAUCAAACUUGGUUUGGGUAUCGACGAUGACGACAUCCCCACCGAGGAGCCCGCCUCCACGUCCGCCCCAGAAGAGAUGCCUCCCCUGGAAGGAGAUGCUGACGACGAUUCUUCACGCAUGGAAGAGGUCGACUAAACUUCCCCAAACUUCACACUUUAAGCCUCACUUUCCCAGAAAUCCAUCUAUUAUAAAAUCUGUAACUAAAAAAAUGAAGUAGGCAUUCCUGUUGUGACGGUCUCGGUAAGAGAUCAUCACACUGAAAAACCUUUUUUUGAAAGUAGGCUUGUUUCUGCUUACAAUAUUCAUGGUGACGACACUCAUUUUAACUCCCCUGUUGCACUGUGGUUUAUUUGUUCGGUUAAUGUGCAAGUUGGGGAAUGAUGCAUUCCAUUGUAAGAUCACCAAACGUUUAGGGGGGUUCUCUUCAUGUGCAGCGCGGCGUGGAGAGAGAGGACUGUACGAUUCCUUUGCCUGAGUUCAGGCUUGUCUGUGUUCAGUUUUGUUUUUGCAAAAAUAAAGAAUAUUGUCCCUAA